UACUUACGCGUUCGUUAGGAACUUACGAGUAAAACUGAAAGUUAUGUCAGCUCUGAUCAAAGACUAAAAUGUUGCAUAAUUGCGAACCCCUGUCGUAGUAGUAGCAUGGAGUAAUAUCUGUUGGUUAAAAGAAAGCAGUGGCUCUAAAUGGAGAAGUUGUUAUCAAGAUCCUGUCUCUGCUGUCAGUCACUGAGGAGUUUCUCAAGACAGACUCAGUUAUUCCAAAAUGAAUUUCACACAUCAACAGUAUUGAGACAGAAGACUGGCACUGCUAAAGUCAGUGGAUGGAAGCGCAUAAGGAGCGGUCUGAAAUAUGGACUUGUUGCUGUAACAUUGUCUUCUGGUGUACUGUAUGCCAUAGCAGAAGAACCCCAAAAACGGAAAGUCAGAGUGCUUUUUGGUGGAAUAAAAAGAUUUUUUAGAUCUCUUUCAAUAGGAACAAUAAUUUCUUUGGAUUACAAGUACAACUUACGGGGAUUAAAAGAAGACUCAGAUGAAUAUAAUGAAGCUUUAGGUCCAUGUCAUAAAAGGGCAGCUGAACGUUUAUUGGCAGGUUGUUUAGCUAAUGGAGGGCUGUAUGUAAAGCUGGGACAAGGCCUUGUAUCAAUGAAUCACAUAUUGCCCAGGGAAUACUUAGAAACACUAGUAGUUCUUCAAGAUAAAGCUCUUCCCAAGAGAGCCCAUGAUAUAGAACAGCUCUUUACUGAGGAUUUUGGAAAAACACCUCAGGAAAUGUUCAAGAAUUUUGAGGAGGAGCCGAUAGCAGCAGCCAGUUUAGCUCAGGUCCAUAAAGCUGAAACUCAUGACGGACAGAAAGUGGCAGUCAAGGUGCAGUACAUAGACUUACAGGACAGGUUUGCCGGAGAUGUUCGGACAUGUGAGAUUAUACUGAAGUUAAUAGGAUGGAUGCAUCCAAAGUUUGCCUUCGCCUGGGCUUUACAGGAUCUAAAGGACACAUUAGAACAAGAAUUAGACUUUGUAAAUGAAGGAAAAAAUUCAGAGAGGUGUCAACAUGAUCUAAGACAUUUAAAGUAUGUUUAUGUACCAAAAGUUCACUGGGACAAAACUUCAACAAGAGUUCUAACUGCAGAGUUCAUAGAUGGACACAAGAUAAGUGAUAAAGAAGCCAUCAAGAAGAUGGGACUGUCAUUGUAUGAUGUUGACACAAAGUUAUGUAGAGCCUUUGCAGAUCAGAUAUUCCUGUCCGGAUUUGUCCAUGCAGAUCCCCAUCCAGGCAAUGUGUUUAUUAGGAAGGAUGCUAAAGGUAAAGCUCAGCUGGUGCUACUUGACCAUGGACUGUAUGACAAACUGUCACCGCAGGACAGACAAUCCAUGUGUAAUCUCUACAAGGCCAUUGUCCUCAACAAUGAAGACAACAUGCAGAAGUUCUCAAAGGCUCUGGGAGUUGAUGACUACCAGGUAUUCUGCCUUCUAACAAAGCAGGGCAGGGUUGUGUUUGAGAAGGCACCUCCACUAUUUCGACACAAAAUCCUGACAAAGAAGGAGUUUUAUGACCUACCUCCGGAGAUCAAGGCGGAGUGGCUGGAGGACUACCACGCCCUACACGACCGGAUACGUCUUGUAGUGAGACAAAUGCCCACUGGUCUUUUCUUUAUUUUUAGGAACAUGAACACCAUUAGAGCUAUAUGUCAGGAACAUGGACAUGUAGUGGACCGAUACGGGAUUAUGGCCAAAAGUGCAAUGAGAGGUGCCCGUAAGUUUGGAGUUCAGGAUAUAACAUGGUCUGGGAAGAUCAAGGCAUGGCUAGAGGUGCUACAUUAUGACUAUCGCAUCAGGGCUGAGAACUUUAAAAUUUGGCUGGGAAUUCUAUAUCUUCGUAUUCUGGUCUGGUUAGGAAGGGUGCCAUCCUUAGAAGAAAUUAGAGGAAUCAUAGAAAAAGAGCAGAAAAGAUUAAAUCCUGUAUGAGAAAAGUACAACUUAGGAACAACAGUAUAGAAUUGUUUGAAGAAUAUUUUAUUUUUUUGAAUUGUAUGCACAGUGGUUUAAAAAGCAAAUGUCUUUCGAUUGCCAUAGAAAUGUUAGACUCCCUCCAUAUUUUAUUUUUCUUGAAAAAAGACAACACAAGAUGAUAUUACAUAAAAUAUAUUUUACUUAGGAGCUCAUUGUUAUAUUUUAUUAUUUGAAAUAUUGUAGUAGAAGUAACAGUAGUCUUAUGAAAAUGUAAAAUAGAUUAUGAGUCAAUAUAAUAUAAAGCCAAUGUGUGUAUUCUGCAUCUGGCAUUAAUGUGUGUAUUCUGCAUCUGGCAUUGACAUAGAUUAUUUUAUAUAUCAGAAUCCCAGGGAAAGAAAAAAUCAUGUAAAGAUGCACAUGCACUUGUUAUAUUUAUACAAAAGUUUACUAGUUAUUUUAUAGAGCCAUGUAUUUAUACUUGAUUGUGCACUGCAGGCCGCCAGUGUGUACAUUUUAAUCUGUGAAUGUAAAUGGAACUUUUUGUUUUAAAAAAAAAAUAUAUGAGCAUUAAAUAUUCUAUGCAUCAA